CACAGCAUCGAAGAUGUGGCCCAAACAGCGUUGGCUAGUCAACAGAGCAACUGCAGCGAUAUCGGCGAGGAGCAGCAGACACCAAAUAGUAGAAGUAUUAGUAGGCUUAAUCUUAGUCAAUUGCCUUGCCUCAGCGACAGCGGCGCUUAUCACACCACCGGACAGUAGCAGCAGCAACAGUUUUGACUACGAGUCCACAAAUGAUGAUGAGGGCAGAACGUCCCAGUUGCCUAGUUUCUAUCGCAGUCCACAUCGCCUUGAUGGCUACUAUACGCCAGUGGAUCUGCAGCGCAGCCACAACUUUAAGAUAAGCCCAAAACCGUGUUCCUUUGGACGCAUCGAGGGCACCUGCAUGUUCGUCUGGGAGUGUAUCAAGUCCGAGGGGCAGCACGUGGGUAUGUGCGUUGACUCGUUCAUGUUUGGCUCGUGCUGUGCUCACAACUACACCGAAAAUAUUGUGUUGCCACACACAGCCUUCUCCUAUACGCGACCCACCAAGCCCCUCUCACUGAGGCCGCGACCACCGCCGCAGCCGCACAAGCCGCUAAUCAGUGGUAUGACAACAAUAGAGCGUCCGCAUGGCGCUGGAACAUUGGUAAUUCGUCCUUCCGGGCCGGUGCAUCAGGGCACAUUGUCCAGGCCGCAUCCGAAACCGACGUUAUUGCCUGAUUUGCAGAGUGCGUCUAGCCAGGCUACAGCCAGUUCAAGUGAGUAUAGAAUGGCGCCUUAUUAUAGUAUUUGGCAUACAUCAACGCAACAGCAGUCGCUGUCGCAGUCGCAGUCGCUGCAUCAGCAGCUACACUGGCACAUGACCACCGAGCCAAGCUUUAUUACCAAGCCGCGACCCACCGGCUGGACCAAGCCCGGCAUCAUCAAUUUACCAUCGCCCAUGCGUCCCUCCAAGCCGCCAAGGCCCACAAAGAAGCCGAUUGUCUACGAGCGGCCACCGCUAACGCCGCUGCCGACGACGUCGUCGUCAACGCCAACCACAAUGAUGCUGUCGGCGCAGACGAGACCGAAGCCUAAGCCCAAACCCAAACCCACACCGACCAGACCUCAGCUGUCGCCGGCCACAUCAUUAGCCACGUCGUCCUCAUCAGCAUCCACAAUAACCACAACAACGACAAAGGGUACAACAACAACAACAACAACUACGAGGAAACCCACAAGGCCCUAUCAGCGACCCACCACAGCAGCAGCAGGAACGACGACAACAACAUCAACAACUACAACAGGAGGAACAACAGCAGCCGCAUCAACUACUAGACCGCGUCCGAGUCCAAGCAGCGAUCGUCCAAUGGCGCAGCAGCCCACACGCCAUCCCAUAAUACAACAGCCGGCCACGAUGGGCAUUGAAUCCAAUGAGAUAACGGACUCCUCCACACAUGAUGCCGGCACAGCGAUGCUGGGCCAUGUGAAGACCAUUUCGGCUGCACGCAGCGAGUGUGGAGUGCCGAUGCUGACGCGUCCAGAGACGCGCAUUGUGGGCGGCAAGAGCGCAGCCUUCGGUCGUUGGCCCUGGCAGGUGUCUGUGCGACGCACCUCGUUCUUUGGCUUCUCCAGUACCCAUCGCUGCGGUGGCGCUUUGAUCAACGAGAACUGGAUAGCAACGGCGGGGCACUGUGUAGACGAUCUGCUCAUCUCACAGAUACGCAUACGCGUGGGCGAAUACGAUUUCUCGCAUGUGCAGGAGCAGCUGCCUUACAUUGAGCGCGGCGUGGCCAAGAAGGUGGUACAUCCCAAAUACAAUUUCUUCACGUACGAGUAUGAUUUGGCGCUGGUGAAGCUGGAGCAACCGCUCGAAUUUGCGCCGCAUGUCAGUCCCAUUUGUCUGCCCGAAACGGAGAGCCUACUGAUUGGCAUGAAUGCCACCGUCACCGGCUGGGGUCGUCUCAGUGAGGGCGGUACGCUGCCGUCGGUGCUGCAGGAGGUGUCGGUGCCUAUUGUGAGUAAUGACAAUUGCAAGUCCAUGUUUCUGCGCGCCGGUCGCCAGGAAUUCAUACCAGACAUUUUUCUAUGCGCUGGCUAUGAAACGGGUGGCCAGGACUCGUGUCAAGGUGACUCCGGUGGGCCCUUGCAGGCCAAAUCACAGGAUGGUCGCUUCUUUCUGGCUGGGAUCAUUUCCUGGGGCAUUGGUUGUGCCGAGGCCAAUUUGCCUGGCGUCUGCACUCGCAUCUCGAAAUUUGUGCCCUGGAUACUGGAGCAUGUGAGAUGA